CCUUAGCAUUUCGCACAUCUGGUGUGAUUAUCAAGAGUCAUUUUUCGAGAUUCAAACACCUGAAAUAUUUCUUACGAACAUUUCACAUCUUCUUGUUGAAGGUGAGGCUCAAACACCUCCUUCACGAAAAGUUUGACUCAAACUUUAUUCGAGUUAUCAAGUGUAUACAAUAACCAUAAAUUAAUUCCUUCCUUCCUUCCUAGUUUCUUCACAUUCUAUUGUUCAAGUUAAGAUAGAAAAAAAAGUUGAAGCACCAUUAACACUAGAGUAUAUAUUAAUUCAUUAUCCUUUGCAUGCAUGUAAAUGAUAAUCAUUAACCAACUUUCCCCUGUGCAUCCGAAUAUUGACAUAGUCAAUUGUUUCAUAUAAAUAUAGAUAUGAAUAUGCUGAUAGGCACAACCAAUAAUGGAGGAGGCAAUAGCAAAGUUAGUAAACUCAUAAAAGCUCAUGUGAACGUGAAGAAACUUUCGAUCGUUGGUGGGAAGCUUACAAGGAAGAAUCGACAAAGAAAGAAAGGCCAGAAACAAAGGAGAAAGUGAAUAAACGCGUCAAGGAAUAAAGUGAAUCCAGACAUAUAUAAUAUAUAUGAUCUGGUCGAGUAAGAAAUUAAAGCGUUAUUUAGAUUUUGAAUUGAAUCGGAUUUUGAAUGAUGAUAUAAGAUAGAUCAUUAUUUACUAAACUCUAUGCCUUAAUAUUAAUUUAAUUAUAAAUUAUGAUUGGCGAUUGUGAUUCGAGGACAUUUAUCCAGCAUACUAGAUGCAGUAUCUUAGGAUUUAAUGUUUUAGAGAACUAUGAACUAGCUAGUGCUUACUCCUUCAGGGUUAGUAAAGAUAUAAUAUCAUGCUCUAAAAUUCGGCUACUUCAAGGUAUAUAUAACGUUUUCUCACUAUUGGUAUGCGGUACCCUAAACCUACUAUGGAUAUGAUAGAAGGACGAUGUAAUAACAUGCUAACCUAUAUAUGUUUUUGCAAGACAGAUAGACGAUAUGUACAUCGAUCAUGGAUGUAGUUUUAGUCCGACAGCAGGACGAUAGAGGUGUAAUCUACUGUGUAUGAAUGUUCGUGUUCGAAAGAAUCUUAAUAAAAUGGAAGGUUGAAAACUUAUGAGACUGAUCUAACCGAUCUAGUCUCUGUUGCUAAUACCUCUGGAUCAAUCAACUUGUUCAAUGGGCUCGUGCAUAUACCUUAAACAUAGCACAUUUACCAUAGAUGAUCAACAUCUAAGCAUAUCAAACAUCAAAAUGAUGAUGAUCAAACAUUACACUAGUCCAAGGCGGUGCAUGCCAAUUGCACCACCAAUGCAAUUGAGAUAGCCACACCACCACCACUUUGGAUGAUUGGCCUCUCCACUCUCCCACUCCACUAAAAGAGAAAAAAGAAGCCAACCCAAUUGCCCCCCAAAUUUCAAAGUGGGUCACUCAAUAAACAAAAGAUGUCGACUCAUCAUAUGUCCCUCCUUUCUCUACCCUAUAAAUAUGUGGAGAGAUCACUCUGCCCAAAAUGUGACAGAAACAAGGGAAGUAAGCAAAGCAAGCAACAAAUUCUACUCUGUUCUACUUCUAUGAAAAUGGAGUCUUCCCUUUGGCUUGUUCCAUUGAUGAUCGUGUUAGUGGCUAGUUGGAGCUCUACAGCAGUAGUACAUGGCCAGCUGAAAAAUGGGUUCUACUCUUCAUCUUGCCCCAAGGCAGAGGCCAUUGUCAGGUCGGCGGUCGAAUCGGCCUUCAAGGACGAUCCUUCCAUUGCUCCUGGUCUGCUCAGACUUCACUUCCAUGAUUGCUUUGUUCAGGGCUGCGACGGUUCGGUGCUGAUUUCGGGCCCUAACGCGGAGAGGAGCGCGCCACAGAACCUCGGAAUACGAGGCUUCGAAGUGAUCGACGCGGCGAAAACCCAACUGGAAGCGUCCUGCCCCGGCGUCGUCUCCUGUGCUGAUAUUCUUGCUCUGGCUGCUCGGGAUUCCGUAGAUUUGAGUAAUGGUCCAAGCUGGGCAGUCCCUACGGGAAGAAGAGAUGGGAGAGUCUCUUCUUCUUCCCAGGCAGCGGUUUUACCGUCGCCCCUCGAUUCCAUUGCUGCCCAGAGGCAGAAAUUCGCCGCUAAAGGGCUCGACGAUCACGAUCUCGUCACCUUAGCUGGAGCACAUACAAUCGGACAAACAGAGUGCAGAUUCAUGAGCUACCGUCUCUACAACUUCACGGCGACGGGGAACGCCGAUCCGACGAUCAGCCAGUCUUUCCUCGCGCAGCUUCAGACGCUCUGCCCCAGAAACGGAAACGGUCUGAAGAAGAUUCCGUUGGACAGGGACAGCCACGGGAACUUCGACACCAGCUUCUUCAAGAACGUGAAGGCAGGGAACGGGGUGCUGGAGUCGGACCAGAGGCUGUGGGACGACGCGAACACGCGGCGGAUCGUGGAGAAUUACGCGGGGACGAUUCGGGGGCUUUUCGGGUUUCGCUUCGAUUUCGAGUUCUCGAAGGCGAUGAUCAAGAUGAGUGGCGUUGAGGUGAAGACUGGGAAAGAUGGAGAGAUUAGGAAAGUCUGUUCUAGGGUUAAUUGAGUUUUGAAAUGGGUGGUGGUCACUGUAGCAACGGUUUCAAACAAUUUUCGUGAUUAAAUGUGUGAAAUGGUAUUAGGGUAGGAAUUGUGAUAUGGAUAGUAGACAUGUAGUAAACGAAGCCACGUUUAUAGUGAUUGUUGCAAUAAUUUGACGGUAUAUCUUCUGGAUUGCUAUUCGUCGCCCUAAAAUUCAAUUUUUGUCGCCCUAAAAUGCAUCAAAUUGACAAUCUUACCCUCUAACCCCAAUCUCUAACCAAAACCCUAAUCAAACAAUCCGUUACCCUGCCCAGACACUGCCAACCUCAACCCCGCCGCUGUCGUUGUGGAUUCUUCUCUCCGGCAGCCGCCACCAACCUCAACCCUCGCAGCAUGUUCGUUCCCAUGGUAAAUCGGGCGGCAACGAAGAUGGGUGACGUCGGAAGCAAAUUACGGCUGGGCAGAGAACGAAAGUAGAGGUUGGCGGCUACGACGAGCGAACUUCUUCUUCGGUGCCGACGACGAGCGAAGGCAGACUCAAACUUCUCCUUUCUCCUCGGCUCGAUCUUCAUCUUCUGUCUCGCCUCGCACUUGCCGAGCAGAGAGUUUUUUUUUUUUUUUUUUUGUUUCCAGCCGCCCGGAAGGGUUGAAAACCCAUCUCCGGCGCUUCUAGCGGCGAGUACGAACGUGCCUGAGUUAUUUACAUUUAUUCCAUUUUUUUAUUAUUUUUGGUGUAUUUGUAACUUGUAAUUCAUUAAUUUCGCUAUUUUAUUUUGUUAUUAAACAUAGUUGUAUGUGUUUGUUACUUUGUUUUAGUGUUUAUAUAUGUUUUGAAAGAUAAGAAUUAACUUAAGGAUAUUUAAGUAAUUUUAAUAAAAGUUAGGGCGACGAAUAAGAUAUUUUAGGGCGACGAAUAGCAAUGCCCUUACCUUAGUUUGAGGUAAAUUACAAGUUUGGUCACUGUGUUUGCUAAAAAAGUUCACGUUUGGUCACUGAAAAUAUUUAAAUCCAUUCGCGGUCACUAAGAUUAGUUCAACGGAUGGACUAUACAUUCAAGUAAAAUCAGAACACAACACAAAGAAUACAACUAUUUUGCACUAUAAAAGAAACAUUAUACAACUAAUUAAAUUUCAAGCAAAUAUGAUCCUAUGAAAAAUCAUCAAAACCCAUUGUUAUUUGGAUAUCGAUGAAGUGCAAUUUUCUUCAAACAUAUUUCUAGUAUUUUUCAUAAACAUUUAUCGAAAUAAAUUUGUAUAUAACGC